AUGCGGAGGCUUUUCCUGCUGCUGUGCAGCGCCGUGUCCUGCUGCGUCGCGGCGCGGGGCGCGGAGGCUGCGCUGCCCGCGGCUGGAGAUGGCAACGCGGAGCGUGUGCCGGCGCAGAAGGCGCGGGUGAAGUUCGGUCUCCGCUCCUCGCCGGACGCCGGGGAGGAUGGGUGCGCGCUCGCCAUCGGCCAGCAGAAGUGCCUGGAGGACUGCAAGUUCAACGUGACAGCUAAAACCUUCUUCAUCAUUCACGGCUGGACGAUGAGUGGCAUGUUCGAAACCUGGCUUGACAGCUUGGUGUCCGCUCUGCAGAAGAGGGAGAAGGAUGCCAACGUGGUCGUGGUGGACUGGCUCUCUCUUGCCCACCAGCUCUACACCGAUGCCGUGAACAACACGCAGAUUGUUGGAAAAACCAUAGCGAGGUUGCUUGACUGGUUACAGGAAGACCCCCUCUUCAAGCUUGAGAAUGUCCAUCUGAUUGGGUACAGCCUGGGUGCCCAUGUGGCUGGCUUUGCUGGUAACCAUGUCCAUGGCACUAUAGGCAGAAUUACAGGCUUGGAUCCUGCUGGCCCCAUGUUUGAAGGAGUGGACCCCAGCAGGCGCCUCUCCCCCGAUGAUGCCAACUUUGUGGAUGUCCUUCACACCUACACCAGGGAAACACUGGGUGUUAGCAUUGGGAUCCAGAUGCCUGUGGGCCACCUUGACAUCUACCCCAAUGGGGGAGACUUCCAGCCUGGCUGUGGUCUAAGUGAUGUCUUGGGAGCCAUUGCCUAUGGGACAAUUGGUGAAGUUGUUAAAUGUGAGCACGAGCGGUCUGUGCACCUCUUCGUGGACUCCCUGGUGAACCAGGACAAGCAGAGCUUCGCGUUCCAGUGCACCGAUUCCAGUCGCUUCAAGAAGGGCAUCUGCCUGAGCUGCCGCAAGAACCGCUGCAACGGCAUCGGCUACAACGCCCGCAGGAUCCGCCACAAGAGGAACAGCAAGAUGUACCUGAAAACCAGGGCUGACAUGCCCUUCAAAGUCUACCACUACCAGAUGAAAAUGCACGUCUUCAGCUAUAAGGGCUUGGGAGAGGUUGAUCCCACCUUCUCUGUCACCCUCCAUGGCACCAAUGGAGACUCUGAGCCCCUCUCUUUGGAAAUGCUUGAUCUAAUUGGCCUAAACGCCACGAACACCUUCCUGGUCUAUACUGAGGAGGACAUGGGUGAACUUCUGAAAAUAAAGCUCACCUGGGAGGGGACAUCUCAGUCAUGGUAUGACCUGUGGAAAGAGCUGAAGAACUACUGGUACAGGCCCGUGAACGCCACCCAGGAACUGCACAUCAGACGAAUACGUGUGAAAUCUGGGGAAACACAACAGAGGUUUGCCUUCUGUGUGGAGGACUCCCAGCUAACCAGUAUAUCUCCUGGUAAAGAGCUCUGGUUUGGGAAGUGCUCAGAGGAAUGGCAGAAAAGAUCUGUUUCAAAUCGCCUCUGAAGGCUCCCCUAAAGACUCACAACCAAGCAACCUAGAUGCAUGAAGACCAUGCAGGUGGCAAGAUGCUCUGGGAGAA